ACAUUUUCUUUUUUUCUCUCUGUGACUACGGGGGCGUUCAACGAAUUACUUCAUCACUGGCUGGAUCCGGGAGCUCUGCCUCUUUUCUCAUUGGACUAUGCGGCCAAGCCAAGCCGUCAGCCCAUGUGGCGUGGCCAGGAAGAAUGUGAGACAUUUAAAUUCAUCAGAGAAAAAAGAUUCAAAGAAGAACGGAUGCUAACGUUGUAUAGACAGGGAAACGACAGAGACAGCGAUUCCUCCCUACCAUCAUAACGGAAAUAACGAAGAGAAUACAUGCCAAACAAGUGCUAACAUCUCACCAAGUAGUUUCAAUUCGUGAUAUUUGGGGAGCAAACCGGUGUAGACAACACAGUAAUUCAGCAUGGAUGAGAUAGUCAUAGCAGGGAUAUCAGGCCGUUUGCCUGAAUCCAACAACCUGGAGGAAUUCUGGGAAAACCUCAUCAAUGGAGUGGACAUGGUGACAGAGGACGACCGGCGGUGGACACCAGGUCUGUACGGUCUUCCAAAGAGGAAUGGUAAACUGAAGGACAUAAGCCACUUUGAUGCAGCCUUCUUUGGAGUCCAUCCCAAACAGGCCAACACCAUGGACCCCCAGCUGCGUCUCAUGCUAGAGAUUGCCUACGAGGCCAUCAUCGAUGGAGGACUGAACCCGGCCACACUGCGUGGCAGUAAGACGGGUGUCUACAUCGGGGUGAGUGGCUCAGAGGCUGGUGAGGCGUUCAGCAGGGAUCCAGAGGAGCUGCUAGGCUAUAGCAUGACUGGCUGCCAGCGUGCCAUGUUGGCCAACCGACUCUCCUACUUCUUUGACUUCAACGGACCCAGCACCGCCAUCGACACAGCCUGUUCCUCCAGCUUGCUGGCUUUAGAAAAUGCUUUCCAUGCCAUUCGCCAGGGCCAUUGUGAUGCCGCCCUGGUGGGGGGAGUCAACCUGCUGCUCAAGCCAAACACCUCGGUGCAGUUCAUGAAACUGGGCAUGCUCAGUCCUGAGGGGACCUGCAAGUCCUUUGACUCCUCAGGGAAUGGAUACUGUCGUUCUGAGGCAGCAGUGGCAGUGCUGCUGACCAAGCGUUCAGUGGCUAAAAGGGUCUAUGCCACAGUGGUCAAUGCUGGCAACAACACAGAUGGGUAUAAAGAGCAGGGUGUAACAUUUCCUUCUGGUGAAAUGCAGCAGAGGCUGGUUCAUUCUCUCUACCAGGAGGCGAACAUCACUCCUGAGCAGGUUGAGUACGUUGAAGCCCACGGCACCGGAACAAAGGUCGGCGACCCGCAGGAAGUGAAUGGCAUUGUCAGUGUGUUCUGUCAGGCAAAGCGAGAGCCUCUGCUUAUUGGCUCAACCAAGUCCAACAUGGGCCAUCCAGAACCAGCCUCCGGUCUCGCUGCUGUGACAAAGGUGUUGCUUUCUCUGGAGCGAGGAGUCUGGGCUCCCAACCUGCACUUCAGCAGUCCUAACCCUGACAUUCCUGCCCUCACCGAUGGUCGCAUUCAAGUUGUUGACCGGCCUAUUCCCAUCCGAGGUGGUAUCAUAGGCAUCAACUCCUUUGGAUUUGGAGGUUCCAAUGUGCAUGUGAUCCUCCGUCCAGCUGAGAGGAGCGGUCAAAAACCAGCUGACAUGACUGCCCUGCCGAGGGCACUUCCCAGGGUGCUUCAGGCCUGUGGCCGAACAGAGGCUGCAGUGAAUGCCGUGCUCCAAAAGGGGAUGGAACUCAGUGCAGAUGACAGCUUCCUGUCUUUGCUGAAUGAGGUGUCAGGAGCUCCCACUGCUGGCAUGCCCUACCGAGGUUACUCUCUGAUUGGCUCUCAGAGUGACGUCAUGGAGGUGCAGCAGGUGCAGGCCACUCCCAGGCCGCUUUGGUACAUCUGUUCAGGUAUGGGAACACAGUGGGCAGGUAUGGGCCGCAGCCUCAUGCAGCUGCCAGACUUCAGAGAAUCCAUUCUGCGGUCAGAUACAGCCCUGAAGGACACUGGCCUGGUUGUGUCUCACCUGCUCAUGGAGGCCGACGAUGCUACUUUUGAAGACACUGUUCAUGCCUUUGUUGGUCUUGCCGCCAUACAGAUAGCUCAGAUCGACCUGCUCACUAAGCUGGGUCUGCAGCCUGAUGGCAUUGUAGGACACUCAGUGGGAGAGCUGGCUUGUGGCUAUGCUGAUGGCUCUCUCAGCCACAAUGAGGCCAUUCUGGCUGCCUACUGGAGAGGCCGCUGCAUUAAAGAGGCCAACCUUCCACAUGGAGGCAUGGCUGCAGUCGGGUUAACCUGGAAGGAGUGUAUGGCUCAGUGUCCUCAGGGGGUGGUCCCAGCCUGCCACAACGCUGAGGACACAGUCACCAUCUCCGGCCCUCAGGAAGCAAUCACUAAGUUUGUGUCUGAGCUGAAAGAGCAGGGAGUGUUUGCGAAGGAGGUGCGUAGCGCUGGCGUUGCUUUCCAUUCCUACUACAUGGCUUCCAUUGCUCCGACCCUCUUGGCUGCUCUAAAGAAGGUGAUCAAGGAGCCAAGGAAGCGUUCGUCCCGCUGGGUGAGCACCAGUAUCCCUCAGUCUGAGUGGGACUCUCCUCUCGCUCUGUACAGCUCGGCUGACUACCAUGUCAACAACCUGGUGAGCCCUGUGCUGUUCCAGGAGGCCCUCAGCCAGGUGCCUGACAAUGCUGUGGUGGUGGAGAUAGCACCUCAUGCUCUGCUGCAGGCCAUCCUGAAGCGUAGCCUGAAGCACACAUGUUCCAUCCUACCCUUGAUGAAGAGAGGCCACACCAACAACCUUGAGUUCUUUCUCUCAAACAUUGGCAAAAUCUAUAUGAAUGGUAUCAAUUUGGAUGGUAAUGGCCUCUGCUCAGCGGUGAAAUACCCCGUACCAGUUGGCACUCCCCUGAUCUCCCCUCUCAUGCAGUGGGACCAUGCUCAGACCUGGGAUGUCCCCAAGGUGGAGGAUUUUUCCUCUGGCUCUGGAAUAUCCAAAUCUGCUACCAUAUAUAACAUUGACAUAAACCCGGAGUCUGCAGACUACUACCUGAUUGGACACUGCAUUGAUGGGCGUGUCCUCUACCCAGCCACGGGUUACCUGGUGUUGGCCUGGCGUACCUUGGUGAGAAGUCUGGGGGUUGUCAUGGAAACCACUCCUGUAACCUUUGAGGACGUCACCAUCCAUAGGGCCACUAUCCUGCCAAAGACUGGCUCUGUCCAGUUGGAGGUGCAUCUCAUGCCUGCCACCAACAAGUUUGAGGUUUCAGAGAAUGGAAACCUGGCUGUCAGUGGUAAGAUCAGCAUUCUGGAGGAUGCAGCUCUCGAUUCAUUUCAUAGUCAGAUAUGUCAGCAAGCUGCCAACAACGAUGGUGACCCCAAAAUGAAACUUACAGCACAUGAUGUCUACAAGGAGCUGCGACUGCGUGGCUAUGAUUAUGGGAAGACCUUCCAAGGUAUCCUGGAGUCUAACAAUGCAGGUGGCAGUGGGAAGCUGCAGUGGACAGGAAACUGGGUGACCUUUCUUGAUACCAUGCUGCAGAUGAUCGUGGUUGGGCUGUCGGGUCGUAGUCUGCGUUUGCCAACCAGGAUCCGCUCUGUAUGUGUUGAUCCCACUGUCCAUAUGGAGAAGGUCUGCCAGUACACUGAUGGAAAGCAAGCGGUGGAUGUCCAUGUAAACCGUUGCCUUGACAAAAUUGCUGCUGGUGGAGUACAGAUCUGCGGUCUGCAUGCUACUGUGGCACCCCGUCGGCAGCAGCAGCAGAGCCCCCCAACCCUGGAGGAGUUUGUGUUUGUUCCAUAUGUGGAGACAGAGUGCCUGAUGGGCAGUGGGAAACUUACAGAGCAGCUAAGGCUCUGCAAAGGUUUAAUCCACAGACUCCAGAAAAAGUUGGCCCCUCACGGUGUCAAGCUUUCCAUCCCUGGGGUGCAUGGGUUGUCAGAUGACCCCCUUCCUAGUCCUGAGCCCUCUGAGCCCAGCCUGGUGCGGCUGCUGGCCCUGCUCUGUGGCUUGGAGCUGAAUGGGAACCUGUGCUCUGAGCUGGAGCAGACUGUGGAGAAGGAGAGAGCAUGCUUGCUGCAUGACAGCCUGCUGCAGGGCCUGCUAGAUGAUGCAGCCCUCAGACACUGCCUUGACACCGCCAUGGAAAACAGUAUGCCUGGCAAGAUCAAAGUCCUAGAAGCUCUUUCAAAUGAUGGCCAGCUUUUCUCUCGCGUGGUAGAACUCCUCAACAUCCAGCCCAUGCUGUAUGUGGACUACAUUGCCACAGCAACCAACCUGGAUCUUCUGACCCCCCACCAGGCCUCCCUGGAGGAGCUGGCGGUCACUUCAGCUCAGUGGGAUCCUCUGAUGGGCCCAGCUCCUGGAGGUGUGAUUGGAGGGGCAGACCUGGUGGUGUGUAACCACACCUGGGGCCCUUUAAGGACGGACGCUGGACUGAUGGUGGCAAAUCUGGCUUCCGGAGCAAGACAAGGGGGAUUUAUUCUCCUCCACACCCUGCUGAAGGGAGAGACUCUGGGAGAAACGGUUGCCUUCCUCUCCAGCACCUCUCAGAGCAGCAGUAAGCGAGGUCUGCUCACACAGGCUGAGUGGGAGAAGGUAUUCUCUGAUGCCUCUCUCAGCCUUGUGGCUGUCAGGAAGUCUUUUUAUGGCUCGGCUCUCUUUCUAUGUCGCUGUCAGUCGCUGAGCAAACAGCCCAUUUUCCUUCCUGUGGACAGCACUGACUACAAGUGGGUGGAGACACUGAAGGUGAUGCUUGCUGAGUCAUCAGACUGUCCAGUGUGGUUGACUGCCUCUCAGGCCCACUGUGGCAUUGUGGGAAUGGUCAACUGUCUACGACAGGAGCCAGGUGGCAGCCGAAUACGCUGUGCGUUUGUGUCCAAUCUAAAUGAGUCCUCAGCAGCACCAAGCCUCGAGCCGGCCCAUAAGUCCAUGCAGUUGGUGCUGGAGGGGGAUCUUGUAAUGAAUGUGUUCAGAGAUGGACACUGGGGCGUCUUCAGACACCAGCUCAUCACUCUUGAUCUAAAUGAAGAGUUGACAGAACAGGCCUACGUCAAUGUGCUGACUCGAGGUGACCUGUCUUCUCUGCGCUGGAUAGCCUCCCCACUCCGCCACUUUGUGGCUAGCAACCCCAAUGUGCAGCUGUGUCGCGUCUAUUACAGCUCGCUCAACUUCAGAGAUAUAAUGCUGGCCACUGGCAAGCUCCCACCAGACGCUAUUCCAGGUGACCUAGCUCUACAGCAGUGCAUGUUGGGUAUGGAGUUUUCUGGUCGUGACCCCAUCGGACGGCGUGUGAUGGGGCUGCUGCCCGCUAAAGGCUUGGCAACAUGUGUGGAUGCUGACAAACGGUUCCUCUGGGAUGUUCCCUCUAGCUGGACACUGGAGCAGGCAGCCUCAGUACCAGUGGUCUAUGCCACAGCCUACUACUCUCUGGUGGUGCGCGGCAGGCUCCGCUGUGGAGAGAGUAUUCUUAUCCACUCAGGGUCAGGUGGGGUUGGCCAGGCUGCCAUUGCCAUAGCCCUCAGCAAGAAAUGCAAAGUCUUCACUACAGUUGGCUCAGCAGAGAAGCGGACCUACCUGCAGGAGAGGUUCCCUCAGCUCUCAGCUGAGUCCUUCGCUAACUCCAGAGACACUUCUUUUGAACAGCACAUCCUGCUCCACACACAGGGCAAAGGUGUGGAUGUUGUGCUGAACUCUCUGGCUGAGGAGAAGCUGCAGGCUAGUAUUCGCUGCCUGGGCAGACAUGGGCGAUUCCUGGAGAUCGGCAAAUAUGACCUGUCCAACAACUCCCCACUGGGCAUGGCUCUGUUCCUGAAGAAUGUGGCAUUCCACGGUAUCCUGCUGGAUGCUCUUUUUGAAGAGGGCAACCAGGAGUGGGAGGAAGUGUCACAGCUGCUGACGGACGGCAUUAAAGGAGGCAUAGUUCAGCCUCUUAAGACGACAAUGUUCGAGAGGGACCAAGUGGAGGAGGCAUUCAGAUACAUGGCUCAGGGCAAGCACAUUGGCAAGGUCGUUCUGCGGGUCUGUUAUGAGGAGAAGGGUGCCGCAGUCCAGCCUGCUUCCCCUUUGUCUCUUCCAGCUAUCUGUCGCACUUUCUGCCUCGCUUCCCACUCCUACAUUAUCACUGGCGGACUGGGGGGCUUUGGUCUAGAGCUUGCUCAGUGGCUGACAGAAAGAGGAGCCCGCAAGCUGGUGCUGACUUCCAGAUCAGGCAUCAGGAAUGGUUACCAGGCAAAGCGAGUCCGUGAAUGGCAGAGUCAGGAUGUGGAGGUGCUGGUGUCGACCAAUGAUGUCAGCACACUGGAGGGAACAGAACGACUCAUUGCCGAAGCAUGUGGGCUGGGUCCAGUGGGCGGUGUCUUCCACCUUGCCAUGGUGUUGAAAGAUGGCAUGUUGGAGAAUAUGACUCCUCAGCUCUUCCUUGAUGUUAACAAACCUAAAUAUGACGGCACCAUACAUCUGGACAAAGUGACAAGAAAAUUGUGUCCGGACCUCAGCUACUUUGUGGCCUUCUCCUCAGUCAGCUGUGGCCGUGGCAAUGCCGGUCAAAGUAACUAUGGUUUUGCCAACUCAGCCAUGGAGCGUGUGUGUGAGAAGCGCCACUACGAUGGCCUACCUGGACUGGCAGUCCAGUGGGGUGCCAUUGGCGAUGUGGGUGUGGUGCUAGAGACCAUGGGUGGCAAUGACACAGUGAUUGGUGGCACCCUACCACAGCGCAUCGCUUCUUGCCUGGAGGUGCUCGACCUCUUCCUAUGCCAACAGCGGCCAGUGAUGUCUAGCUUUGUGCUGGCAGAGAGGACGGUGGUAAAGAGUGAGGCGGGAAGCCAGAGAGACUUGGUGGAUGCUGUAGCUCACAUUCUGGGCGUGCGGGAUGUGAACAGCCUGAAUGCUGAUGCCUCAUUGGCUGACCUAGGCCUGGACUCAUUGAUGGGUGUGGAGGUUCGCCAGACUUUGGAGCGUGACUAUGACAUCGUCAUGGCCAUGAGGGACAUCCGGCAGCUUACCAUCAACAAGCUAAGAGACCUGGCCAAUAGCAAUCGAGGGGGAUCAAAUGAAUCUCACCAUACCACAGUUAAGAGGGACGUCGUUCGCUCGUUGUUGGAGUCUAAUCUGACCCAGCUACUAGUCAACCCCAACGGCCCCACGGUGACACCACUCAACAAGGUGCAGAGCCAGGAGAGGCCACUGUUCCUGAUUCAUCCCAUUGAGGGCUCCAUUGCCGCCUUCAAGACACUUGCCUCCAAGCUUAGUGUGCCUUGCUACGGCUUGCAGUGCACUAAAGCUGCUCCUCUGGACAGCAUCCAGUCCCUGGCAGCCUACUAUGUGGAUUGUAUCAGACAUGUUCAACCAGAUGGGCUGUAUCGAAUUGCCGGCUACUCCUUUGGUGCUUGUGUGGCGUUUGAAAUGUGUUCUCAGCUGCAGACCCAGAACCGACCUGUGGAGUACCUGUUUCUGUUUGAUGGAUCACACUCCUAUGUGGCAGCAUACACACAGAGCUACAGGGCCAAGCUGACACCAGGCAAAGAGUCUGAGGCUGAAACUGAAGCCCUGUGUGCCUUCAUCCAGCAGUUCACUGGCAUUGAAUACAACAAGCUUCUGGAGACUCUUCUCCCACUGUCAGACCUGGAGGCCCGUGUCAAUGUGGCAGUGGACCUAAUUACCUCCAGCCACAAGAACAUUAGCCGAGACUUGCUGCACUUUGCAGCCACCACCUUUUACUACAAGCUGAAGGCCGCUGAUGGCUAUGUUCCUGCAACAAAAUACCAUGGCAAUGUAACGCUGCUCCGUGCCAAAACCAGCAGCGAAUACGGACAAAAUCUGGGAGCUGACUACAAGCUCAGCGAGGUAUGUGAUGGCAAGGUGUCAGUCCACAUCAUUGAGGGUGACCACCACACCUUCUUGGAAGGAGAGGGGGUGGAGUCCAUCAGCAGCAUCAUCCACAGCUCACUGGCUGAGCCAAGGGUCACGGCAAGGGAAGGCUAGACAUUCCCAAUCCAACCACAACUUCCACCUUCAUAUUAAUUUCACAUUCCCAAAAUGGGUCUUUUCCUCAAAUUAGUUCUGGAUAUGUAGGUUUAGCUUUGUGUUAAGGGAAUGAGAAUCAUACAGUAAGUCUUUGAACACUGCAUGUUUACAUCCUGUGCCAUUUUGCUCUAAUAUCCCAAAUGCUUAUUCCUUCUUAUUGCAUCCUUUCAAAUCUCAUUGGUCAAUUAAAGUAAAUGAACACUUUCCCCAAACUAUCAGAGCUCUUAGUUGGUAUUUUCCUAUCGGGUAUAUAAAAUGUUGGUAUGGUACGAUUGUUCUCUGGUACGCCUUUGUCAUGUUUAUGCUACUAAGCCCUGUCUGGCUGCUAAAGGCCAUUUCAUUGUACACAAAUGCGUGUUUAAAUGUGUGAAGGAGGUCUCAUGUCUUCUAUAUUUAAUGCUUUUACAUGUGUAUGUCCUUUCUGGUGAAACCCCAGAGUGAAGCUCUGCUCGCUGUUAUGCCAGCAACUGUUUGUAUUGUUAUUCUUGUCAACUGAAACCAAAACUCACUCAAAUUAAGGAACGUUUCUGAAAACUUAAUAUUAUUGUUAUUAAUGUGGUUCAGAAAUACAGCUGCAAACACAGUAUGUCAUAAAAAAAUGUUUUCAGAAUGUAAUAUGGUUAAGAGUAAUUGAUUUAUUUCUGGUUGCGGUAUUAUUGACUGCCAAUGCCGUUUACUGAAUGAGCAUACUGAAUGAUAUAUAUCAAGCAACUUGGUGAAUGUGCAAAUCAAAUGUAUGUCUACAAUGUACUUCAGCUUCAAUACAACAAAGAUACACAUCAUGUCAUCUGGCUUUGCAUUUAAAUACAUUGGUUUUUAUGCGUUAACAUUUAGGAAAUGGGUAAUCUCUCAUCCACCGCAGUGACAAAGGGAAUCGAGAACUGGUUCCAAAUUGCCCAAUCCAUCAGAAUCGUACACCUCUGAGCUUAUCAGUUCCUCUUGUCAACGCCCGGGCAUGUGAUAUUGAUGGAACAAAAAAGGCGGAACUCAACUGUGAGGGCAGUGUAGCCUCUGAACUGUCUACAGUGCACAUGCUAGAAUUAUCUUUGGCUAUCUUGUAAUUCAUCUUCAAUUAUUAUCUUUGUGAGACGAAUAUUAAUUAUACUGUGAACUUUGUACGGUGUCACUCAGAUACUAACAUUAGCAGAACAAAGCAGUAAUCAGAA